AUGGAUUUUUCAUUACAAAAAUAUGAUUCCCCUCAGUUUUGUUUUCCUGCGAUGAACAACUCUUGUCUCAAAGGCACACAUCAUGUGUUCGUUCAGACUGUGGUGUAUCUCCUAUUAGUGUUGGCGAUGUUAGUGACCGUUCUAGGAAAUUCGGUGGUCAUCAUCUCCAUCGCACAUUUCAGACAGCUCCAGACUCCCACUAACAUCUUGGUGAUGUCUCUGGCUCUAGCGGAUCUGCUGCUUGGACUGGUGGUCAUGCCUUUCAGUAUGAUCCGCUCUGUGGAUGGCUGCUGGUACUAUGGAGAUGCCUUCUGUUUGCUGCACUCCACUUUUGAUCUGUUUCUCACAUCAGUGUCUAUUUUUCAUCUCAUUUUCAUUGCUAUCGAUCGACAUCAGGCUGUUUGUUAUCCGCUUCAGUAUCCUACAAGAAUAACCAUACCUGUUGCAUGGGUUAUGGUGAUGAUAAGUUGGAGCAUGGCUGCUUUAUAUUCUUACGGCUUAGUGUAUUCAAAAGCUAAUGUGGAAGGACUGGAGGAAUUUAUUGAAUCAAUAUACUGUAUGGGAAGUUGCACUUUGCUGUUCAAUGCAUUGUGGGGAGCCAUAGACACAUUAAUAGCUUUUCUCUUGCCAUGUUCUGUCAUGGUGGGACUGUAUGCAAGAAUUUUUGUGAUUGCAAAACAGCACGCUAGAAAACUCUGUGAGGCAAACCAGCAUGAAAACGAGAAUAUGUUUAAAAGCUCUCGACGAUCUGAACGCAAAGCAGCAAAAACUCUGGGUGUUGUUGUUGGUGCUUUUAUUCUUUGCUGGUUGCCUUUUUUUAUUAACUCUUUGAUUGACCCUUACAUCAACUUUUCCACUCCACUUGCUCUCUUUGAAGUGUUCGUCUGGUUAGGCUACAUUAAUUCAACCAUAAACCCCAUCAUAUAUGGCCUUUUCUAUCCAUGGUUCAGAAAAACCCUUUCUCUUAUUAUAACAUUGAGAAUAUUUGAACCAAACUCAUCUGAUAUCAAUGUCUUCACUGUUUGA